AUGUCCGGUCCUACUCUCAAACGAAGGAAGCUGAGCGCCGGAGAUGGAGACGGUGAUGCCAAUGCGCAUAAGCAGCAAAAAUCGCCAGCAGUGCAGCGCAAUGGGCCCAGCCAGUCCCGCUCAGGCAAUUCGGCUGCAGAGUAUGCAAUUGCGCGUGGACAGUACAAGUCGAGCUUGUUCAAGCUUCAGAUGGAUGAGCUGCUUGGUCAACUGCGCCCUGACUACGAUAAGCUCCUUUCCCGUGUCGAAAAAAGCCUGCGAAAGCUGAAGAACAUCAUUGAAGAGAUCCCCAACGGCACCCCGAAGAACCUAGCCGCAGCAAAGAAGGAAUUUGAAGCAGCAAAGGUUGCGAUCCCGUUUCCCGAGCCUCCGCCUGCUAAAGAUAUCCGGUACACGUUUGAGUAUGCCAAACCAGCAGACAUAAAUGUGGUGGGAAGCUUUGCGAUGAAGACUAUCGUGAAGGGACAAGGACCUACCCAUAUCGACUUGGCCGUCACGCUACCCUCUGCGCUCUUCCAGAAAAAGGAUUAUACAAGCUAUCGAUACUUCUACAAGAGAGCAUACUAUCUUGCCUGCAUUGCUGCCGCCAUUAAAUCGGCGCAGGAUGUCGAGUAUGCCGUUAGCUAUGUUUACCAGGAUGGAAAUACCCUACGUCCGGUUCUUUUAUUGGAACCAGUCGAGGGUGCAGACGAUGACUUUUCACAGUCGAAUUGCAGCAUCCGUAUCAUAACUGCCGUUGAACAUGAAACCUUCUCCCUCUCGCACACCCUACCAUCACAUAAUAGCCUUCGGCUUGAACAGGCAGACGAGUCCAAGUCGGGGGGAUCCAACCCUACGCAUAUUUACAACGCAACCCUUCGCUCGGAGGCGGUAGUUAGUGCAUACCUGAAACUCCAUCAUACUGCCAGCGUCAAGUGCGCUGCGUUCAAAGACUCGUGCAUUCUAGGCCGGGCCUGGCUUCGCCAACGUGGUUUUGGGACGUCUUUUGCCCUAGGCGGAUUUGGCCAUUUUGAAUGGGCUACCCUUCUUGCGCUUCUUCUCGAGGGUGGUGGCCCUAAUGGCAAAGCCGUACUCGCGCCUAGUUACAGCAGCUAUCAGAUUUUCAAGGCAACUCUCCAGUUCCUCUCCGGCAGAGACCUCACGAAACCACUUCUAAUGCACGCACCAGAAGACAUGGGUCCAGUCGCGGAAGCCGAUCACCCAGCUCUUUUCGAUGGCAAGCGUGGUUUAAACGUCUUGUAUAAGAUGACCCCUUGGUCUUAUAAACUACUUCAACGUGAAGCCACGUUAACCCUAAAAAUGCUGAACGACUCAACUCGAGAUCAUUUCAACAGUAUUUUCAUCACAAGGAUCAAUGAUGCGUUCUACAGAUUUGACCAGGUCGUGUCCGUUACCUUCCCUAGUCGCCGUCCGCCAACACUCCAGGCAGCCGAGCGUCUUCAGUCUCUUCAUCGAGUUUUAACAAAAGCUCUUGGGGACAGGGCUACGCUUAUAGACUUCACUUCAUCCGAACCACCCAGUUGGCCCGUCAAAUCUACCUCACCAUCCAAGAGUGAUAAGAAAUGGGCCAUAACAGUUGGCUUGAACCUUGACGCUGCACAGCAGAGUCGGAGUAUCGACCAUGGUCCUUCCGUCGAAGAUAAAGAAGAAGCGGCUGCUUUCCGAGAGUUCUGGGGUGAUAAAGCCGAAUUACGUCGAUUUAAAGAUGGAAGCAUCAUGGAAAGUCUGGUGUGGUCUGAUCAGAUGUCGUCUGGUACUCCGGUCCAACAGAUACUGACAUAUAUUCUCGACCGCCACUUCAAAGUCACCUCUGAGAAUAUCGUGUUUAUGGCGGCAGACCUUAGUCAGGCUGUUCCAGGCAUUAAAAAUGCAUCACUGCCAGCUCCAGCCUCGGAGCCAGUUUUGGAAGCUUUCCAGCGCCUCGAAAAGCACUUCCAGUCAGAUGAAAGUCUUCCCAUCGCUUUCAGCCAGCUCCUUGUAGCCACUCCUCUCCUUCGAUACUCACCCGAUUCGCCUGGGGCUCCCAUAGACGUCGUUCUCCUAUUCCAGUCUUCCUCCCGCUGGCCUGAUGACCUAGGCUCAAUCCAAAUGACUAAGGUGGCCUUGCUUCUUAAGGUGGAAGAGUCAAUCCGCAAGGCAGAUGGGGUUAUUCAAGUCAGAGUUGGAACUGAAAACCAAGAAAGCAGAUUCCUCAAUACAUCGUUUCUUGAGGUCCAAUACUCUUCAUCCAUAAUAUUCCGGCUACGUAUCCACCACGAGCGAGAGCAGACCAUCAUACAGAGCCAAUUGAAAAACAAAGAGCUGGCUGCUAGACAGAAAGAGGAACUUGCUGCUGCCCUCGCCGCAUAUAAGGCAACUUUCAUUCAAGCUCCCCGCCAUGCCCAGGUACUCCAGAGCCUUUCGAACCGCUUCCCGCUACUCUCUGUUGCAAUCAAGAUGUUCAAAUCCUGGACAAGUGCUCAUCUUUUAACUCCAUUCGUACGCGAAGAAUUACUCGAGCUCCUGACUUGCCAAGUUUUCCUCAAAUCAUACCCUUGGGAAGCGCCAUCCAGUGCGUUCACGGCCUUCCUUCGAACGCUACAUAUGCUUUCCCGGUGGGAUUGGCAACAUGAGCCACUCAUAGUAGAUUUCGGUGGUGAACUAGAGACUCAAGACUUUACAGACAUUCACACGCGGUUUGAGGCAUGGCGAAAGAUCGACCCUGGGAUGAAAACCGUUGCAUUCUUCGUGGCGUCGAAUAUCGACCAGGAUGGCGUUACAUGGACUCAAUUUAGCCGCCCACCAAGAAUCAUCGCUUCUCGAAUGACUACGCUAGCUAAAGCGGCAUCAAAAGUCGUGCGGGAAAAGGGUGUGAAUCUGUACGUAUCAGAGCUAUUUCGGUCUCCUGUAAACGACUACGACUUCCUUCUUCAUCUAAACCCGGCUUUCAUUUCGGAACGCUCCAAGAAGGCUACUUACAAGAAUCUUCAAGACUCGGGCUCAAAUACCGAAUUCACCAAAUACGAAAUCCUUCGUGAUCUAGUCGAUGAGCUAACGAGUCUAUACGGAGAACAUAUCCUAUUGUUUCACGGCCAUGCCAGCGAGAAGGUGAUUGCAGGGCUUUGGAAUCCUCAAUCUACAAAGACGCGACCAUUCGGUCUUAAGAUUGGGUUUUCAUCGUGUCCGCAGAAGCCCAAAGAAGAGGAGGAAUUGGCUUUGAACAAAAAAGCAAUUUUGAACGAAAUUGCAUCUAUAGCGGGGGAUAUCAUUUCUAAAGUACAGGUACUUCAUUAA